GAAAUGUGUCUUUCUCUGACAGGAAGUAACGUCAUAAAAACAAUACCGCGCCGAGCUUUCGGAAUGAUAUCAGUGGUCUCAUUAUGUUUUCUUUACAAUAACAAAUAAGAAAACGUAUUUCUCACAACUGCCAUAGAAACCCGGAGAUAUCUGGACGGCAUCUAGCCGAAGGACGUUGUUAAUAUAGUUUUGCGUAGUGAUGGCAGCUUCCUUACCUCAGAAGCAGGGAAUGGCAGGUAUGCCCCCUCAGCAGCAGCCCCACCUACCUCCCAACACUGCCUCAGCACAAGGCCAGCAGCCCAUGCCCCCUCAGGGAGCCCUGAGAGAGAUAUCCCCAGUGUUCCUCUGUCGGAUUGGACAGGAAACCGUCCAGGACAUUGUUACUCGCACAAUGGAGAUCUUCCAGAUCACACGAGCAACGCAGCUUCCUAAUGGUGUGACUCAGAGCCAGGCGAUGUACCAGGAUCGCUUUGGGAAGCUCCAGGAGCACCUACGACAGCUAGCCCUGCUCUUCCGAAAGCUUCGGCUCCUGUAUGAGCGCUGUGUGGAGAUGACCUCUGACCUGCAGGAGGGGCCAGCAGAGCUUGUCCCAUAUGUUGGAGAGGAGCUGGUUUCUGUCAGAGUGGAGCCCUGCAGUCCUGCUGUCAACCAGGAGAGAAAAGAAGUUCUGGAGAAGGUACGUCAGAAGAACCAGGAGAUGAAGGUUCUGAUGGAUCAGAUGAGGAACCUGCUGUGGGAUGUCAAUGCCAUGCUGACGCUAAGGAAAUGAUAACUCUUCAUUACAGACUGCAUAAUGGCAAAUACCAGGUGAAAUGAGGGAAUUUCUCUUGGAUUUUGGAUAUGGGACCUUCCACUUGGGUGCUCCUCUUUUGUGUUGUGUUGGCACUCUGUUACUGAAACUGACCCAUUACUCAUAACUUGACCCAACAUUUUGUUUUUUGUUGAUUAUCUGUUAUAUUGAAGCUGUUAAGGGGGAAAGUAUUAAUGAGAUAGGAUAAGGCUUAAAAGCUGAAACAAAUUAUAAGCUUGAUACACUCCAACUCCAAGAAUGUAUAUUUUUUUGUAUGAGGCAGCUGACAACCUAUUUUGUGAUUGCCAAGUGCUCUGCAACUGUUAUUAUACCACUCUGUGUUUAUUCAAAUAAGUUCUAAAUCUUUGUUGUCAUGCGUUUUAAAUAAUGAGUUGAAACCUGUUUUGCCUCAGGUAAAAACAAACAAACAAAAAAAGUUUUGUUAAAGCACCGUAUUCAUGGUGUUUUGCCCCCAGGUGCUGACUUGACACCAGGCACACUGCAGGUAAUUCUUGCAGAAAGCACAGAAGCUGAUCUGACGACUGUGUUUACAAUAGGAACAAUUGCCCUUAUUAUAUUCUGCCGGUUGUAAAAACACUAUGGGUUCAGAAUUCAAAUUAGCCCCUUGGCAGCUAUGUAUCUCAGGUGCUUUGUACAUAAGUGUGUGUGUGUGCAUGUACUUAAUGAGAUUAGCUUCUCGAGUGCUAGACAGCACACCUGUUUACCCUGAGGGUGUCGAGACUUGUUUGUGAAUUUAUUUUUCUAAAUUGUGGGACAAAAGGAAGACCUACUGGGUCCAUUCUGUUUUGUAUAAAAUAAACAUUUUUAUAAACAAAAA